AUGGAAAAAAAAUAAGGAACAGUUAAGUAAAUAGUGUCUUCCAAUUGUGUAUUAAUAUCUGGACCAAUUAAUAAUGAGACAGGAGUGCCAAUGACUAAAUUUUUGACAAUAUAAGGAAUUUAAGCACCUGAAUUUUCAUUAACAGAUAAGGAGAAUCCAAAAUAAGAGCCAUUUGGAUUUUUAGCUAGAGAAUUCUUGAGAAAGUAAGUUUUAGGACAAUAAAUUGAAUUUACAAUUGAACAUAAGAUCAAAGAUUAAAAUGAUAAAGUGAUAGGAAGAAUAUUCAAAAAUGGAUAAGAUAUUGGAGAAUAAUAAUUGAGAGAAGGAUUAGCUUAAUUAAGAUUAUAAGGAAAGCCAAGUUAAGAAUAUGAGAAUGCAUAAAAUCUAGCUAAAUAAAAUGGAAAAGGAAUUUGGUCAAAAAGAGAAGAAUUAUUAAAAUAUACUAAAAUUGAAUUAAAAGAUGUAAAACCAAAAUAAUAUACAAAAUGUUUUGUAGAAGAUGUACAAGGAUUGUUUGUAUUUUAUGCUUACAUUCCAGAAUUACAAGGUUUAGUAAAAUGUUCAUAUGGAGAAGUAUUUAUGCCAACUUCAGUUUCUUAAGUAUUAUAAAAUAAAGCUAAAUGGACAAUUUAAGAAUUAAUUCUUUAAUAAGAAGUCACUUUAACUGUAUAAGGAUAAGAUGAGAAGUUCUAGUCAUUAAGAGUGGAUAUAAAAAAGGGAGAUUUAGAUAUAAAGAAAGAACUCUUAAGUUUAGGAUAUUUUAGACUAUCACCAAAUGCAUUUUAAUUAAUAAAUGAUUAGAAAAGGUAUAUGUUAGUGAGAUUAUAAUUAGAUAUAAUGAAUUGAAAGAGACUCAAAGUUAAGCUGAAAUAAAAUUGGUUGGAAUAUGGAAAGAUUCUAUGAAGUAAUAAUAAUAAUAAGCAGUUGUAUUAUAAGGAGGUAAAUAGACAUAUUAAGCAAAAAUAAUUGAAGUACAUUCAGGGGAUUAAUUAACUGUAAUGAAUGUUAACAAUAGAUAAUAAUCUAGAGUUUUAUUGGCUUCAGUUAAAGCACCAAAAUAUUCUCUUAAAGAAACUUAACCAUUUGGAUUUGAAGCUAAAGAAUUUGUUAGAAAGCAUGCUAUUGGUAAAAUUGUUAAAGUAGAAGUUGAAUAUGAGAAGAAAAUUAAACCUAAAGAUAUAGAAGGAUUAGCAGAUGAUGAAGAUAAAAAGAAAUUAUAAUAAGAAUUGAAUAUGGUGUUUGUUAAUAUAAUAUUAACUGAAGAUAAUGAUUAAAAUUUAGCUGCUUUAGUUGUAGGUGCAGGAUUUGCAACUGUUUAACCACCUAGAGGAGAUGAUGGAGUAUCUAGAUAUAUUGAUGAAUUAACAGGUGCAUAAGAAUCAGCAAAUAAAGCUAAAAAAGGAUUACAUGGAAAACCAAUAUAAUUACCUAAAAUGACUGAUUUAUCUGUUAAUCCAAAUUUAUAAAGAUCUAGAGAUGCAUUUGAUUCUUUAAGAACUUUAAGAAAACUAUCUGGAGUUGUUGAAUUAGUUUUAAAUGGAUCUAGAUUAAAAUUAAGAUUCUAAGAAUAAAAUUACACCUCUAUUAUUGUACUUGCAGGAGUUAAAUGUUUACCAAAUGAAUAAAAUUUACCAGAUUAUUAAAAAUUCUCAAAUAUUGCAUUAUAAUAUGUUAAGGAAAAUGCACUUUAAAGAGAUGUUGAUGUUGAAUUAACAUCAAUUGAUAAAAAAGGCAUUUUUCAUGGACAUGUAUUUAUAGGAAAAUAAAGAACUAACUUAGGAUUAACACUUCUUGAAUUAGGAUUAGCUGUUACAUUCAAUCCAGUUGCAAAUAGUCAUAAUUAUUAAGCAUUAUUUGCAGAUGCUGAAUCUAAGGCUAAAUUAAAAAGGGAAGGUUUAUGGGAUAUCAAAGGUUUAGAUUUAACUAUUGUUAAGGGUGAUGAUGAUGUACCUGUUAGAUCUGAAUAUAAAAUAUUAAAUGGAGAAGUAUAUUAUAAUAUAUAUCAUAAUAGUUGAAAAAGUUAGUUUUAGUUGAAAUAGCAGAUAGCAAUACUCUUUAUUUCUAAGAUCCAACAGAUAAAUUAUUAGGAUAAAUUGAAAAGAGUCUUGGAUUAUUUACAGCUACUGAAGCUAAUAAAUUAAUUCCACCAUUUAAAAAGGGUUUGUUAUGCGUUGCUAAAUUCUCAGUUGAUGGCAAUUGGUAUAGAGCCAAAAUUACAAGAGAAUUAAAAAAUAGAUAUGAAGUCUUAUUUGUUGACUAUGGAAAUAUUGAUAUAGUUUCAUAAAAUGAUAUCAGAAAACUUCCUGAAAAUUUAGCUGCAUUACCUCCUUAAGCUAUCAGAUGUAAUUUAGCUCAUAUAAGUGGACCAACUAUAAGUCAUGAUCUAGGAAAUAAAGUAUAAUUAUUCUAUAAUAUAAAGGUUGGAUAAUUCAUUAGGGAUUAAAUCUUUGAAAAAGAAAUUGUUGUUUCUUUUGAAUUUCAAGAUGAUUUGAGCAAAGGUGUUAUUGUUUACUUAACCAAAGAAAAUUAACCCAAUAAAUCACUUAAUAUCUUAUUGCUAUCAUAAGGCUUUGCUAAACUUGAUAAAACAGUAAAUAUUUUUAUUUCUAUUUUUUUAGGCUCCUCCUUUACCUUAAAAGCUUGAAGAAUGGCUUAAGGCAACUCAAGAAGCUGAAAAUAAUAGCAAAGGACUAUGGAAUUAUGAUGAAGAAACUGAGUGAUGAAUUGUAUUUUAAAAUAAUAUAAUAAU